GUGACAUACCCCAACCAUCCACGCAAAAGCUGUUGUGACUGAAUCUUCGACCGAAGAGACCGACUGUCCACUGGUUCGUCAUGGCUGGAUUUCUGCUCUUCUCCAUCUUGGCGGUUUUGUCUACCGUCCACGCGGCACCCUCCUGUACAUGCCCCUGUACGUGUGAGGAAAAGGCCCCCUCCACCCAGCAUCAGUACACUGUCCAAAUCAACGAGGAAGGAACGAUUUUCAACCAAGUGACUGACGUAGACCGGGAGAAUCAGAUCGUCGUGUUCCACGUGCCUCAGCACAACAUCGUGACUGCCAAUCAGUUCAUGCUGGACUACAACACGGGUCUGGCGAUGACCCUCUUCCCGGACCUGAACGUCUGUUUCCUGUCCCACAUGCCUGACGAUAUGCUGACUAUCGACAAGCUGGAGGAAGGGUUGAGCGAGAUGGCGAAUCCACAAGCACGGAGCACCAUCAUCAAGAGGAAGAAGGAGGAGACCUACGAGCGCGCCGCCGCGCAGCCUGUGAAGGACCGGUCCAUGUUGGGGGAUCAGAUGGCCCAGAUGUGCGAGAAGUAUCCUGUCUACAGUACGGAGGUGGUUCCUGGGGCAUCCAUCGAGCAGGACGGAGGGUAUCCGUACGCCUAG